GUCGCAUAGAGUUAAAAGUAAAGAUUUAUGCAACAGACCCUGUAUAUAAUAGGUAUACAUAUAUAUUAUACAUGUGUAUAGAUAUAUUACCUGGCGAUUAGACACUCGCCUAAAAUAGUUGUGUCAUUCCAAGCAAUGUUUGUCAUUGAGAAAUGAUAGUGUCUAUGGUAGUCUCGUGGUGCACAUACAUAAUACGUUCAAAGGAACUAUUAUGAUAUAUUGUGUUGCAAGGAAAAUACUUGACUCGUAAUUCUGUCUUUUUUUUCUUUUCAUAUAAUGAUACAUUAUUAUUUUUCGUUGCAUUGCGAUUCAAGCAAUGCAUUUUCUUAUGGACGUUUCAAGCACACAGGAGUAAAUUGUCAGUUUGCGUUGAUGGGAUAAAUAAUACAGUAGAAAGUAGUUAACGGUGAGAAAAAUAAAAAGAUCGUUGACUAGAACUUGUCGUGUACAGAAAAAAGACCACGCCAUGUUUUUUAAUAACGCAAGCAUAUUUAGAUUUUGUUUGCAUUGUUCAUCGCGCGGAUAUUAUCUAAUCGUUAGCUGGUCAUUUCAUUUUGAUAGAUUUUCCUUGAAUUCUAACGUGAAAUGUGUACGUUCAAAUUUGUUUCGUUCGAAAGAUAAUCAAUAGCUCCUUGUUUUCCGGGACGUUUACGCUUUUCCAAAUGGCAUCCGGUUAGCGGUAAGAAUAAAUAGGUCAUUCAAUGGAGCGUGCCGGUGGAUAUAUAGCAAAGAAGAAAAAAACAGAUCGAUAAAUCGCCAGAAGACCAAGGGACGGAAAAAGGGUUCGCGUGUAUAUCUACCAGGGAAGUGAUGCUGCCACCUUGAGGUUACCCUGGAAACGGCAUUUAUGUACGGAAAAUGCGGAAAGGCAGUUGUCGUUCAAGAAACGUGCUUUUGAAUUGUAGCGCGGAUAGUGCUGCUGCCUGGUGGCAACCGUUGGAUUCUGUUUUCAAAAGACAGCACCCUAUGUCCUGAGGCCGAAAUCGAUGACACUUGGAUAAUAAGUUAUAACGGUCAUUUAAGUACGUGUAUUCUACGUGUAUUGGAUUCAGAGAAUCUGCCGGAUAACGGACAGGAAAUUAGUGCAAAAUGGAAUCUGCUAUUGUGCAUCUCGAACAGAGUGUCCAGAAGGCUGACGGCAAGCUCGACAUGAUUGCUUGGCAGAUUGACAGCUUUGAAAAGGAGUUUCAAGAUCCUGAUAAUGAAAUAUCUGUCCUUAGACUGUUGCGCUCAGUGACUCAGGUUAAGGAGGAAUAUCAGACGCUGCGCCAAGAUAUCCUGGAGGUGCAGCAGCUCCAGAAGCAACUUUCGGAGUCUUUAAGAGCUCAACUCUUGCAGGUGCAAGGACACUUCAAUAUUUUGCGUAACAAAAUAGUUGGUCCUAACAAAACACCACAGCUAAAAUAAAAAUGGGGAACUUAGAUAUUUAGAUAAUUUUUAUUUUAUUUGUUUAAGUUUCAGGUAUAAGUACAUUAUGUUGCUGAAUUUAUAUUUAUUUUUAAAUUGAUUUUCAAUGCCAAAACUUAAAAAAAAUCUUUUGUAAUAAAUAAUUUGCCUUAUACUAAUGAGCUAACUUAAACCAUAAACUAUGGAAAUAAAUUGCACACAACCAGGUAGCUUGCGAGGCAGAUUAUUUGUCAAGUCAAAAUUGCUAAUUUCUUACAUGUUGUUUUCAAAUUUUACUGAUCCAUUAACAGCAUGACAGGGAACAAAUGGAAAAACUGACAAAUAAACUAUCUGACACAUGCUUUACUUGUGGUGCUGGGGCCAAUGGAAACCAACAACUUUUUGUUUGAGAUUAUUUGUUUGUAAUCAGUGAAAUUUGAAAACAAUUUAAACUUUAUAUGAGUUCACUCUAGAGUUGCAUACCGAAAAUAAUGUUUUCUAUUUAUUUUCGCUACGUCUUUAUUUGUCUUUCAAACUUGUAUGGAAAAAUAAUUCCAAAAUCUUGCACUGCAUUUUUCUAAUAAUUCUACCACUGUAUUCUUAUUAGAAAAUCUUGAAAAACAAAAUUAUGUACGCAAUACUGCAUUGAGAAUGUUUACUGUAUAUGAAGAGGUAAAAAAAUUCUUUGUUGGGUUGAAGAAAAUAAUUCAAUGUUAAAUGCAGUAAAUCCAACAAGGUGAAACUAGCAAAAUAAUAUAAAGUAAUGAAAUUAAUAAUGCCUUAAAACAUAGGUGCGCAUUUAAUGGGACUAUGUGUACUAUCUUUAACACUAUGUAUACUGUUACUAUUACAGCGUAAACAAUAACGAUCCGUUACCUUUUAACGUAACUAAACUAUUAUUAAUUACUAUUAGUAAACCAUCCAAACCGUAACGUUUUGUCGAUAGUUGAUACACCAGCCUUUUCAAAAGUGAUUUGGCCUACUUUAAUACUAUGGCACCUACAAUAAUAUACAAUCUCAUAUUACGGUUUAACUGUACUUAACUACAAAAUUUUUAUCUAUUCAAUCUAUUAGAAAUACAGCACCGCCUAGUUUUUCCUUACUACUUUUGAAAUUACUGUGACUUUCAACAAAACGUUAUACCGUGGCUGAUAUGUAUUUCACACAAUCUGCAACGUAUCAGCGUACAUUUACGAAGUACGUUGCACGAGUAGCAUUAAACAAAGUCAAUUUUUCGCAAUAAGACAAUUGAAUAUCAAUUCAGUCACGUAUGGUUUGCUGAUAUUUAUUAAGAAAGUGUUAGGUUUCCUAUGCACAACUAACAAUAAAGUAUAUUUCCAUUGAGUGUCGCGAGGUCUUCGAGAUGAGUUCAAAGUAUCUGCCAAAGUAUAGAGAAAAUGUAAAACCAUUUCUAUAGGUUAUAAAAAUACCAAUGGCUAAUUGAACUCAAUACGAAGAACCGACACUGUAACGUAAACCUACCUUUACUUAAAAUCAAAAUACUUAACGAAGAGAAGAAUGGUCUGGAACGCAUUCGAAAUGUGCCAAAUAAUGUUGGUCAAUUAGUUUGGACUUUUGAGUGAUAACACACAAUGAGACGUGCUCAGAAGUCAUAAACGACACUUAGCACGGAGAAAGCUGUUUGGAAUAGUAUUACUAUUUUUUUUAUUUUCCAACUCCAACUAAUGUGCCAAUGAUUUUUGAUCGAUCUGUACAAUAUUCUGAAUUCAGAAGUAAAGUAGACUCUAAGAAAUUUUUAAAAUUGUUAGUCUACAUAUCACAGUAUCAGCCUUCUCCGAUUUAGAAUUUAAAAUCAUUUUUUUAUUUCUUAUUCUUGUCCUCUCCUUUAAUCAUGUAACGCAGACAAUGAAAUAUUCUAGUAGAAUAUACAGGGUGUUUUUUAAAGGCGCAAUAUAGCCUGUAAUGUUCUUGAUAUAAUAUUCAGUGGACACGUAACAUGUAGCGGACCAGUCAAUGCUAAUUAUUAUAAUUGUAAACAUACAUAGCGUCUUCCGAAUAUAUAUUUAAUAUAUGUACUACUACUUUAACACGCGAUUGUAGCACUAUGUCGCCUCUUUAGAAAAACACCCUUCAAUGUAUCCACCCGUAAUACAUUUAUCUUCAUUUUUAUUGAUUUUAUUUAUUUUUUUACAAAUCACCAUUCAUGAACAUGUUUUUCCUUUUUAACUAUUUCUCGUAUAUACUAACAGAUACGUAUGUAUUUGUACACCUAAGUUUACACCUUAUCGAUUUUUCAAUUUUUGCACUGAACGCACCCUAACCUUUGAUAAACUGUCAAUUGAACAGGCCAAUUCCAAAUGCCAGCGUUGCGUCGUUAUUCUGCGAUAAAAGAUAUGGAAAUUACGUCUUUUUACGCUCAACGGGCGGAACGUUAUUAAUUGGUUUUUAAUGUCACUAAUUAUAACUUUACAUCGUUUCUUAAGAGAUAUUUAAGAUAAUUGCUAUUUGUAAUUAACGACCCUUAAUGUGGGGAUUGUCAUUUUUCUUUACUUAAAUUGAUGCCACAUAAAGCUUGGCAAUUUUGACUUUGCUUGGUUCAACUGUUGAUUAACAUCGAUUGGCAGUUAAGGAUACACGUGCGAUAUCGCCCAUUGGAAUUGGCUGUGAAAUUAUUAGAAUUAGUCGAAGAUGCGUUGAUUAUUAUUGAUUCCAUGUAAUUGCUCAAAAAAUUUCGAUGUAUAUUUGAAAAGAAAAAGAAACCAGGAACACGAUAAAGGGAAAAAAAAUCUGUAACUUUUUAGAUAUUUAUCAUAUUAUUACGAAAUAAACUGUUAUCUCUGUAGCAAAAA